ACUAUUAUAUAAUCCGACUAUUCCCCCCUUUUUUUUCUUGCAAUUUUCAGUCAGAAUCGUUGGAAAAGGUUGUUGGGAGGAAUUCCUAAAUUUAGUCAAUCAUGCGUCGGAGGAAAAGCAGAGCAAACCGGCGAAUCGCCCCAUCGAGCGAUGAAGACGAGGCGGGACUUUCGAAGGUUGCCGUGGACGCGGCGGCCGGGGGUAAUAACGAGAGUGAGAAGGCCGUUAAUCAAGAGAUUGAUUGUUUCAAAGAGGAGUUUGAAGAAGUUGAUAAUGUGGUAAGUGCUGUCAUGGAAAUGGACUCCAUUCAACUCGAUCAAAUAAACAACGGCGACGACGUUGUUGAAAAUAAAUCGAAUUCUACUGAGGCAAUUAUCGGUAAAAUUGAAUUGAAUUUGGAAUUAAAUUCUUUAAAUGGUGUAGGAGAGAGUGAGGAAUCGGAUAAUUUGGAUGUUAGUUUGAAGUGUAGUAAAUUUGAGGAUGGGAGUGCCAGGGGACAAAAUUUGAGUACGAACAUCGAAGUUGUUGAUGUGGAUUCAGGGAAUGAAAUUGAGGAUGGUGAGGAAGCCAAGGAUCAUGGAAAUGAAGAACAGAAAUCAAUUGAAGGAGAACCUUUGGCUGCUAGAAUUACAAUCACGGCAUUAGAUGGGCAUAUCAAUGAUUGUUACAGCAACAAGGAUGGUAAUGAUGGCGAAAAUGAGAAGGAAAGCAGAGAUGACUGCCAACAGAAUGAAGACAUUGAAGUUAGUGAUGUCAAUAUAGUGCCUCAGGUACUUAACCAUGACUGUCUAACCAAGCAAAGGAAAGAAAAGACUUUGGAAAUACAUGUUGGAGGUCUGCAUAAAAUGACAGUUGAGCAGGACUUGUUUGAAAUAUUUGGAAAGUUUGGGGAAGUCCAAAGUGCAAGGAUUGUGAGGCAUCAAACCACACAGAAAAGCAAAGGGUUUGCUUUUAUUCAAUAUGCUACAGCCGAACAAGCCAAGAAAGUUCUUUCUGACUUGAAGAAUGGGAUAGAGGUGAAAGGAAAGCUUGUUAAGUUAUCAAUCAGUCAUGACCGUGAUGUUCUUUAUCUGGGUCAUAUUUGCAAAACAUGGACCAAAGAGGAUAUUCUUGGGAAGUUGAAAGGUUAUGGAAUUGUAAACAUAGUUGAGAUACAAGUACCCAAAGAUUCUAAGAAUGACAAGAAGAUUAAAGGUUUUGCUUUCUUGAGAUUCAAAACCUUCUUUGAUGCAAAGGCCGCUUUGCACCAUUUAAGGAAGCCAGAUGUAGUUUUUGGCAAUCUGAGGUGUGCUAAAGUUUCUUUUGCUCGCACUCCAAUGCAGUCAAGAGAGAAAAUUCAGCUCCAGGUGAAAACUAUUUAUGUUGAGGGGGUACCAAAGUCUUGGGAUGUACACAAACUUAAAGAGAUCUGUGAACAAUAUGCUGAAACUAAAAAGGUCAAAAUAUCUAGGAAUUUGGGCAACAAAGGAAAGGAUUUUGGAUUCAUUUCUUUCACUACCCGUGGGGAUGCAGUAGCUUGCGUGAAAGGAAUGAAUAAACUGCAAUAUGAAGAAAAUGCCAAGGUUAAGGCUUAUAUUGCUAGGCCUCUUGUUCGACUGUGGUUGUGGAAGGGCUCUUGUGUAGGAUGGAAAUUUAAUAGAAGGCAUAGAAACACUGAUUGGUGGAAAAUUAAAGGUCAUGCCAGGUCUAAUGGGGCUGGAAAAGAGAUUGAUGUGAAAGCGAUGACGGAUGUAAACAAGUCAAAGAUUAAGGGGACUGAAGAGAAACCUGCAGCAGCUGCUGUGUAUAAAAAUAAUCAGGACCCUUUGAAGUCAGAGCAUACCAUAGAAGGUAAAACAAAUGAACAACAAAGCAUUGCCCCUGAUGUUCGUGAUGCAGGAGCUGGUCUGUCUACCAAACCCAAGAAAACUGAUGUCAAGAGAAAGACUAGAAAGAGAGAAAGGGACCGUUUGCAUAACAGGAGGUCAUCAAACAAACCAGAAGGUACUUCACAAGGUAGACACAGUCAUUCUUCUAGAAGUUCGAAGAGAAGAUCUCAUGUACUGAAGGGACAUCGAAGGGAUGCAGAUUCUAUUGCAUAUAGAAUACCAUUUAAAGAGGCAUACGCUGCAUCCACAAGUGGGCAUCCAGGAUCAGGUUAUGGUGCUAUUUCUGGAUCCAAAAGGCCAUCUUCCUAUUUGGAACCCCAUGUGGGAUAUGUGUCACUUGUGAAUCACAACCACCAAUAUCAUGCAGAAUAUGUCACCCCUUUUCAUCAUCAAAGGCAAACGUACACAGACCAUCUUAAGCUAGAUACUCACUAUGAAAGGCAACCUCCUGUUAAGUACUUCAAACCUGCUAUUGGGAUUGAUGCCCUACCUCAUGCAGGUUUUCUUGAGUUUUCUUCCAGAAAGCAAAGCUUUUCUGCCGAUGAUUAUCCAGCCAGAAGGAUUCCCGAGUAUAGUGGCCCAGACAAUCAAGGGCCCGUUCAUGGAGCAGGGUAUACUUAUUCACGCCCUUAUGUUCCGAAUUACACAAGUUCUGCUGGAUACGAGGGCUAUCAUAGGUUUAAUGGAGCAUACCACCAUUGAAGAGGCAAUUUCAUUUUCAGGUCUUAUAAAAUAAUUAUCAAUCUUGCGAAGAUUGAGAUUUGGGGUAAUAUGUAAAGCGAUUGGUGAUGGAUGCUUUGCUCCUAAACGUGAUGACAUCACUUUUUAAGCGUGAUUAGUUAUUUAAAAGUAUAAGGUACACAAAUGGUCUUCUGAUUAUAUGACGUUUUGUUGAGUCAUUCGACUAUUAAAAAUUAUAAAAUGAUAUUUUGAUUAUAGGAAA